AGGUUGCAAAAUGCCUUGUGUGAGUGCAGAAAACUAAGCAAUGUUAGGCUGGAACGAGGAAGUGGAGAGAAGAGGGGAGGGACUGAGGGCUGAUUUCCAUCAUGCAGCCGCGGCGCUGAGAACAGCAGCACAUGGAGCUGGGGAGGGCUGGAAGAGCUUCAUCUUACAAACCCAGGGAAUAGCAGAAUACCUGCAAAGAAUGGAGACAGAGGAGGCUCAGGACAUGUCGCAGGGUUCAGGACAGGACAGUCCAACUGCAAACGAUGUCCCUGAAGAGACAGAUGAGACGAUGCCUGUCCCUGAAGACCUCUCCGCGACCUCUGGACAGCAACAGACCCCCAAGAAUGAGAAAGUGUUAGCCAGUAAUAUUAAAGUAGAGAAUCAGAAUGAUGAAGAGAAUGGGCGUGCCUGUGAGGUGAAUGGGGAAGAAUGUGCAGAGGAUUUGCGAGUGCUUGAUGCUUCAGGAGUGAAAUUGAAUGGCUCCCACGCAGGCCAAGGCAGCAAAGCCUACUCGUCAGUAGGUGGCAUUCGUCUCCCCAAUGGGAAACUAAAGUGUGAUAUCUGUGGAAUCGUUUGCAUCGGUCCAAAUGUUCUCAUGGUACACAAACGAAGCCACACCGGUGAACGGCCGUUUCAGUGUAAUCAGUGCGGCGCCUCCUUCACACAGAAGGGCAACCUACUACGCCACAAAAAGCUACACUCCGGUGAAAAGCCAUUCAAGUGCCACCUAUGUAACUAUGCCUGUCGCCGUAGAGACGCCCUCACAGGUCACUUGCGCACUCACUCCGUUGGGAAACCUCACAAAUGUGGAUACUGUGGCCGAAGCUACAAACAGCGCAGCUCAUUAGAGGAACACAAAGAGCGCUGUCACAACUACUUGCAAAGCAUGGGGCUGCCAAACACCAUCUACUCAGUAGUAAAGGAAGAAAGCAACCACAAUGAGAUGAGUGAAGACUUAAGCAAGAUGGGAUCAGAAAGAGCCCUGGUGCUAGACAGACUAGCUAGUAACGUAGCCAAACGUAAGAGUUCUAUGCCUCAGAAGUUUGUGGGAGAGAAGAGGCUGUUGGACCUCUCCUAUGAUGGCAACUCGAACAACUAUGACAAGGACAGCGAGAUAAUGCAGCCCCAUGUCAUGGACCAGGCCAUAAACAGUGCCAUCAGUUACCUGGGGGCCGAGUCCCUGCGUCCCCUAGUCCAGACUCCCCCUGCCUCCUCUGACGUGGUAAUCAACCCCAUAUAUCCUCUUCGUAAACCCAACAACGGCAACAACCACAUCCACUCGGUCCAGGACAGUGCUGCUGAGAACUUGCUCCUGCUCUCCAAGGCCAAGUCUGUUUCCACAGAGAGGGAUGUGUCACCUAGCAACAGCUGCCAAGAUUCCACUGACACUGAGAGUAACGAGGAGAGGGCUGGGGGUGGUGGCCUCAUCUACCUGACCAAUCACAUCAUGCCGCAGGCUCGGAAUGGCAUUCCCGCUGUCAAGGAGGAGCAUGGCAGGCAGUACGAUCUCCUGAGGGCGAUAGCGGAGUUCAGGGUGGUCACUAGCGAGGGUGAGCAGGUCAAGGCGUAUUUCUGCGAACACUGCAGAGUUCUCUUCCUGGACCACGUCAUGUAUACCAUCCACAUGGGUUGCCAUGGCUUCCGAGACCCCUUCGAGUGCAAUUUAUGCGGCUACCGCAGCCAGGACAGGUAUGAGUUCUCCUCCCACAUGACUCGAGGGGAGCACCGCUUUUAAUGCACACACACUGGGAAAAUCUGAGGGACCAUUUAUAUGGAUUUAUGUAUAUAUAAUAUUUCCAUAGUACAUGGGCGAAUAAAAACAACACAUUUUAGACAGCAUUUUAUAUACUAAAAAGUGAAAUGGAAUAGCAAAUUCAUUUUUUUUUUGUUUAUUUGGUUUUAUUUUAAUAAAAAAAAUUUUCCCCAUGCGUUUGUUACGACAUCCUUUUAGAAAAUAGGAGAGUUUAGUUGAGAGGCUUAUGAAGGGAAUCUACAAACUACAAUAGAACUUCCCCUUUAGCUUGAACUGCUUUUUUAGGUUUCAGAUAAAAUAAAGUGGAAAUUGUGUUAACUACAGAAAGGAUGCAUUUGAUGUAGCAUAUGUGGAAAUCCUGAAAAUACUAAUAAUUAAAAAUAAAUCCUACUGCAUUUGAAAAAUUAAACCCUUGUGUAUUUUAAAAAGUCAUGGUUGGGUUGUAUUGUUCAAAGUAUUCCAUAUUUGGCCAAAUAACUAAACUAAUAUUAUCCUACAUACACAACAAAAGGGUUCUUACAGUAUUUGAUGAUUAUAUAUUGUAAAACUGUGCAUCUGCUUUGUAACAGAUGUUUGCAAAAUUAAAUUGUGCCACCCUUGGUGAUUGUACUUAAAAUGUGAAUUUUGGGCUAGUCUUCCUGGUUACAAUUCCAUGUAGUUUAACCCUAUAAGCAGUGUUCUAGCCAGUUAGCUUGUAGUUAUAGUCUACCUACCAAAACAUUCUGUUAAACAAGAAAUUUUACAUUACAGUGAAUGAAGCUCUAAUUUUUUUUUUUUUUUUCUGAAAUAAAGUGAACAUAAACAGCUAGUUUCACAGACCCUGAUUA